AUGAAGGCGAUACGAGGCGUGCUUCUCACCUGUGAUUCGGCCGUGAAGCAGAUUCUGCUCACGCUGAACGAGAAGGAGAACUUCAUCAUCGAGGAUCUGGAUGACUUUCAUGUCGUGAUCAAGGCCGAUGAGGAGUAUCGUGUGAGACGCGAGCUCGAGGCGGAGCUCGAAAAGAACACAUACAGCCUUGAGUGA